AGAUAAUACUAAAGAGUUUCUGUAUAUGAGUGUCUGUAUAUGAAUGUUUGUGUUUGUUUAUUAAGUGAGCAAUGGAAUGAAACACGUAGUUUGUACAACAUGUACUGACGAAUGGUGAAGAAAAAGCGCCCGAACACGCCUCUUGGAGAUGACAGUGCCUCCAACAGUGUGAGUGGCUCUGCUGUCCCAAGCCCUGUCACUGUCACUCAUGAUGCUGUAGAAGAAGGAAAAGAAGAUAAAAAGCCUCCUGUUUUUAAACAUCCAAAUUUCCAGCAUUCUAGCAAGAGCAGCAACAAGAAGAGAGCCUGGAGAUCACUCAAGCAGAUCAUUGCACAGGAACGAAUGCUUCCAUGGGGAGAUGAUUAUAUCCAUUAUGGUACUAUAGAUGCACCACCAUCAUUCAAGCCUUCUAAAAAGUACUCUGACAUAUCUGGAUUACUGGCGAAAUACAAAGACCCACAGACAAAGUUGCUGUAUGCCAAUGCAGAAGAGUUUUCAACUAUACGCAGUUUACCAAUGGACAUAACAGCAGGAUACCUUUCAUUGCGCAGAGCAAAUAAUCCAAUGGGAUAGGAACAUUGGACUCAAGCAUCAAAAUAUAAGCUCUAGUUUAAUCAAGUUUUCUUUUAAAAAUGUAUUAUUUUUAUAUUAAAAUCUGAAAAACUG